AGAGAUUCCGGCGUUUUCGAAAGAUUUUUGAUUUUGCGAUGUUUUCGCGUACGGCUCUCUACUAGUUCUACGUACUAUGGUAACGAGCAUCAUAUCAUGUGAUGAAUGGAUUUUUUUAACGCUCGAACAGCCCGAUACGUACGUACGUACCUACGUAACGGUACUACCGGUCGUAUGAAAAUUUGAACAGAAUGAGUACCCGUACCGUACGUAGGUACUGGUACUGGUACUACGGUAUGGGUGCUGCUUUCCAGAAAACCGGAAUGGCGCAGGGAUUACCUCACACGCAGGAAUCAACCAUCGAUGAAACAAAAGCAAAACCCUACGGUACGAAGAACAUCUGAUGGGUACGUACCGGUACGAGCAAGACAAUGCUUUGAAAGGCCCAAAGAUUUAAGGAUCGACCGAGCAGAUAAUCCUGAGUUAUGGAAAUAUAGUCUUUUCCACGUCCCAAUCGCCAACUUUCACGCCCCGGGUCGAAAGCACCGUCCGACACUGCGCCGAUCGAUACCGUAACAAAAAAUGGCAAACAAGAAACGAAAGAAUGCCCAAAAGAAGGCCACGGUUGCGAGCAGUGGCAGGUCGUCCAGGCAAUCCAGUAAACCGGGUGGUUCCGACUGCGGCAAGGGAGAACGAAGUUCCCACCACCAAACACAGCGGUCGUUUCAGUCGUUUCCCUUGCACCUGGUGCCGAACAACGAAUACGCCGGGAAGGACAACGCCCGAGAGCUUCGCGAGUUGUGCAGGGGAAGGGUGUGGGUGGUCCCGUCCUUCUUCUCACACAAGGAAUGCCGCGCCUGGGUCGACUUUUGUGAGUCCUUUGGCAAUGCCGGUGGCAACGGAUUCCAAUACACGGCGCAUCCAGCCAGCAAGUACAUCACGAACCGAGAAUGCUACCGCAUGCAGCAAGAGAACGCCAGUGAAUUGUCGGAUCGCAUCUUCCAGCGGUUAAAAGGCAUGACCAUAACACCAAACAAAAAUUGUGGCAACGGCAAAGGCGACGCCAACAGCUCGAAGCCAAAGGAGACGAAUGCUUGCCCUACCAUACUCUCACGGAUACAAAACGACACGGCGGAUCUGUACCCACCCCCGAAAUCCUACGGGCCGAUCGGCUGCAAUCCAAAUCUCCGCGUCUACCGAUACGACGAGGGACAUGCCUUUGGCAGGCACGUGGACGAGACAAAUGCCGUUUGCGGGGGAGCUACCGAGAUGACCAUGCUCGUCUACCUCUCGGCCUGCAGGGGCGGGGCCACGCGGUUUCACAUCGGAAGCGGCCGCCGUUCCUCCUUCCUGGCCUUUGAGCCAGAGGUCGGGGCGCUCCUCCUGCACGUCCACGGCAAGCACUGCCUGGAACACGAGGCGGACGCUGUUCUGGCCGGCCAAAAAUAUGUUUUGAGAACCGACCUGGUAUACGGAAGGAGGUGAACGACACGAAGGGGUUGCGUGAGCUGCGUCGUGUGCCGAACCGUACACGCAGACAGAGAAUCAAGUGUUUUGUUCGGAAACCGUGGACUUUGUCUUGCAAUCGGGUGCGCUUUCUCCGCUCCUCGCUUCUGGUUCUGUUUCCAGUAAUAGUAUCGCAGUUGUUCUUUAGCUGUUGGAGCCCUCAUUUUCUAAAUUUUUCGGUGCCUCGGCUUCGUCACAGCACCAAAAAAAAUUGGCGGCAACGCACAAAACACCAUCUGGAAAAUACCGGCAGCGAAGGAUUGCUUCGAAAACCGCACGCUUUCUGCCACGGUGUGUGCCGUGUUCAUGGGCACAUCAACGAGGAACUUUCGAACAGCGUCAAGAGGAGUACAAAGAAGGGCACACGAACUCAUGAUAAAUCUAACUCUAAACGUAUCAAGCGAACGAAAUAAGUUCGGAGUGGCUCUAGCUCAUCCCUGACGAAGACACGUGUCUUUACCAAUGAUUGUGCUUGAUUGAUCCAUUCAUUCGUUCCCCUUCCUUUGUGAUUCUCUUCCUUCGUUUCAAUUCAAUCGUAAUAGUAAUAAUUUGAUUAUAAAGUCAAUAUCCAAAAUAGUGGAGGGUGUUCAACGACAGGAGCCAGCUCUAAUGCCUUCCUUACCAGUGAAAGAUUCUUUCUUCCGAAGUAUGACAAGUUGAAAAAAGCGUGGAAUAUUUCUGCGGUUGGUUCCAUCUCGAACUAAAUCAGUAUGCUUUUCCGUGUUCUCCCCUCAAGCGAUUUGAUUCGUAAAAACAACACAAUGGUUGCAUCAUAUCCAAGGUUGAUUG